AUGGACGGCGCCGAGGCGGCCGUGGAAGGGACCACUCGGGAGGGCCAGGUGGAGGGCCGAGAGCCUCGUUGUCUUUGGGGCCCCACACCACGAGCUGGGAGCGCCAGCGCGUCCCAGAGAGUGACGGGAGCCUCGGCCAAUGGCCACGCGGCGCCCUCAGGCCCCGCCCCUUGCAUGCAGAUGAGGCGGCGCCGCGGCCAAUGCGGGGAGCGGCUCCGGUCAGUGCAGCUGGCCCUGAGAACUGGGAGGCUGGUGGCUGGCUCCCUCCUGCUCCUCAAGCCUGAGCACCAGGGAUCCUCCCUCCCUGAACCCCCAGACCCGAUGUCCCAGGGCCUGCUCCUGCAGGACUGCCACCCCAGGUGGAGCGGCAAAGCGAGCACCUUGCUGAUUGCAGGUGUCUUUACUGUGGUGGAGGAAAACGGGAGCAAGGUCACAGCUGACCCGAGGGUCUUCCCGAAGCCAAGGGCUGUUCGCAUGGAGGCCGCCUCACCCUAUCCCGGGGGCGUUUGCCCGGCCCGCCCCACCCUGGGAUGGAGAACCACCCCCGUCGCGUACUUUUGGCGGCUGGGGCUCCCCCAGGAGCAGGGCGAGCUGUCCCGAGUCCGGGCCCCCGCGGGCUGGGCUGCUGACCUCUGUGGUCGCACUCACCGGUCUGGCGCUGCUCUCUCCCUCCCACCCCUGGGCACAGAGCGAGAGCAGCUGCAGGCAGAGGCCAGCGAGCGCUUUGCCGCCGGUUACAUCCAGUGCAUGCACGAGGUGCACACGUUCGUGUCCACGUGCCAGGCCAUCGACGCCACCGUAGCCGCCGAGCUCCUGAACCACCUGCUUGAGUCCAUGCCGCUGCGCGAGGGCAGCAGCUUCCGGGAUCUGCUGGGGGACGCGCUGGCCGGCCCUGUGGGAACCCCAGGGCUGAGCUGCCGGCCUGCCGGAGGGCUCCCCAGCCCCCAGGGCCCCAGCGAUGACCAGUGCUCAGACCUGGAGGAGGCCCCUGAGGCAGAACUGAGCCAGGCUCCUGCUGAGGGACUGGGUUUGGUGCCCAUGGCCCUGGGCAGCCUGACAACCGCCCGCCCAGCCCAGAGUGUCUGGAGGCCGUGGUGACCCAGCCAGUCUGGGCCUGGGGCACCAGAUGUGGUGGGACAGAGAUCUGAUGGCUUCCGCGUCUGCCGCCUCAAGGCAGAGCCUGCUGGGCAGCACCGGAUGACCACCACCGUGCCUCUCCCUUGCUUCUUGAGGGGAUGACUUUUAUGGACUCCGAAGCCCCCCCAGCAGGUAGAGGGCGGGAGCGCCUGGCCCCCCUGCCCCAGCCUGCACUGCGGGUCUGGGACGGCUAAGCGGAGAGGCGUGAGCCUGUCCCGCCCUGGGCAGCACUAUCCAGGCAGCGGCCGCCCUAGCCCGAGGAGAAGCUUCAACUUGCCCCUUCAGCCAGACCUUGGGGGGCAAGUGGCCUGCAGGUCCAGAGCUGGCGGAGAGAAGUGAGGUGCACGGGUUGACUUGCACUUAGCACCCUUGAGCUGGUAUUAGGAGGCCACGAAAGGUCCCAGCGUUAGCAAAUAAAGGAUUCUGGAGCGUG